GGCGUCACUGUGGCGAAACUGAUAUGUUAGAUCAAUAAGAAGCUCUGGGCAUGAGCAUUAACACUAACAUACGCUAAUGGACGCUACACAACGUUCCGUAACAUGUGUUGUAUUUUUGUAAAUCCGGGUUUGACACAAGGCUGGACCUUAGGGUAAAGGUUGACUUCCUGUUUUAGUCGACCGGUUCGAAAGACGUUUUCAGCUUGCAUCCAGAGGUACAUCCUCAGAAACAAACGCCUUUAUGAUGUCUUGGAUUUGUACCUUGCAGCUGAUCAUCUUAAUGAUGUACACAUCCUCGCACGUUUGGACACUGUCUCUGGAUAUAAUCCUGAACAUCAAGGAGUAUGAUAAAUGCCCAUAUCCUGUGGUGUGCCAUAGAAAUGUCUCAGUCAAAAACCAGUUAAGCGUGACCAAUUGGCUGGUCUCUGAUGGUGAGCAAUUUGCUGCGUCGAAGACAGUGAGAUCGGUACAUGGGGAUGUGGUUGUCCUGGCGGCUCUCACUUCCUGUCAGCGUCACUUCAGUCCCUCCUCCCACAGGGAUGACCUCAACAUCAGCCUCUGCUCCGUGGUGUGCCCCGACUUCCUAUCCAGCCAUACAAUAUAUAUUCAAUCAGUGUUCAAUGACACAAAUAAAGAGCAGUCCUACUUUAAUGCCCUUGUCAGACGCAAUUCUAUGGAGGUUGUCAUUGGAGGCAUUAACUUGAUACUCGAUCAUGUGAAGUGGAAGACGUUCGUUGUUAUAACUUCAUAUGACGAAGUUAUGACAGCACUAUCUGGAGGAAGAUUCGCUUCUCCCAAGUUACUGCUAUACAUGAUAGAUGAUCCUAACAAUCCACUUGUAAGUAUUGACCUCGCCAGCGUCUACCAGUUGCUUACCGACAAGGACCUGAAACUUCUUGUGAUGUGUCCCUCCGAUUGUAUACAGAAACUCCUCUGUCAGGUUCGCUUGCUGGAAUCGAACUCGUCAGUAACGAAGGCAACUAGGGUCUCACAAUGGCUGAUGGUUCCUUCUGCCGGAAGUGUCAUGGAUAUUGCACUCAGUCGUCAGCCAUUCAAAACUGAUGAUGUUGUUUUCCUUGAGUUCAUGCCGUGUUCUAGGCACCAUUCACCACUGCAUCUGGAGAAUAUUACGGAACAUUUAUCAAGCUUAGGGAGUAUUAAUAUGACAGACCUGGAGACUGGCAAAGCAGACUGCACACAGAAGACUGCAACCAUAAGUGAAUCCCCAGUUCAAGCUAAACUACAAGUACUCAGUAUAAGCCAUACUGAAACAAAUCUAGAAACCGUCGGCUAUAUUGGGAAAGAUGGUGCUGUGGAGAUCAAGCAUCAGCUCUAUCAUGAUAACAAAUAUGGAUUUCACAACCGAACAUUAACCGUCGGAACUCUGGAGUGGCACCCAUUCGUGAUCAGGAAGGUGGAAAAUGAAACUGUCAGCUUCGACGGCCUUUGCAUCCAGCUUUUACAGGAACUGGCGAAACAACUCAAUUUCAGCUACACCCUGGUGGAGCCCAAAGACAGAGAGUGGGGUCGGGUACUGAAUGGCAGUUGGACGGGGCUGGUGAAGUUACUUACUCAUGGGGAAGUUGAUUUGGUCGUGGCACCAAUGACUAUGAGUGACGGCAGAUACACAGUCAUCGAUUUCACAGUGCCCUACUUCUACGUCCACUCAGUACUUAUACUCAGCAAACAAGAUCCUAAUUCCAACCAACGCUUUACACUACUCUCCCUAUUCCGCUAUGAGGUUCUCAUUUGUAUCCUCGCCUCCUUCAUCUUCUCCACUGUCUUCCUCUUCCUGAUAGAAGAAGUGGCACCUGUCCCUUCGUGGACAGAGGACAGACCCACGGAUAUGCCGACCCGUUAUGGGGAUAUACUCUGGUAUCAUUUUGGAGCUCUAAUGGCGAACGGAGGAGCAUAUCUUCCCAACACAGUGUCCGGACGUACAAUGCUCAGCUGCUGGUGGAUGUUCACGGUGAUAAUGGCGGCCACCUACAGUGGCAACCUCAUAGCCUUCCUCACCGACGGACGACAGAAACCUCAUUUCUCCAACCUGGCUGAGAUGGUGCAGCAGGACACCUACCGGUGGGGGUUUGUGGGAGGAACAGCUCUCAUCACUCUCUUUCAGGAAUCCAACAUCUCCGUCUAUCAGAACAUAUGGCACCGUGUGGAGGAAAGCAUGGCCAUCGACCCUGAUUGGUUGAGUCAGGAUAAGGACGAGCACCUGCGCCGAGUGGUCGACAGCAAGUACGUCUACAUUGCAGAGGCAUCCACUUUGGAGACGUGGACGGACCCACGACGGUGUAAUUUACAGAUGUUAAACGACAACUUCUAUCACAACAAAUUUGCAGUUGGCCUACCCAAACACAGUAUAUACACACAACUAUUUUCCAAACAAAUAUUGAAACUAUACGAAAGCGGCCUCCUGCAUAUGUGGUGGAAUCGAUGGAAACCAAAACAGUGUGAGCCAGCAAGCAGAAAAUCCAGAAAGGUCGACAUUGUAGCCUUGCAGAGCGCCUUCUAUGCUGCAGGGGUGGGUGUGGCGAUGUCACUCGUAGCCCUUGUGAGUGAAAUUAUUCAUAAACGGCGAUGUAAACAGAGACAGGAAAGACAGUCCUCUGAGAAUGUUACAGAAGAGUCAGUUUGCCCCAAUACUUCAUCCCCGAAACUAUCCUGUGAAGAAAUACCUUCAAGCACCUGACGUACAACAGUGUUACACCAAAAGGAACCCAAGGCUUAUAAACUGAAACCCCCAUCUUGCAUAGACAUAAAAUAUAACAUAGUUACAUU